AUUCCUAGAGAGGCACAUACCGAGAACGCCAGGUGACUUGCAGCAGUCCCUUCCAGAUCCACUGUCCCAAGUGCAUUCUGAUUGCCUGUUAGGUGAAAGGGAGACGGGGCGGCACUGGCAGAUUUUUAAAUAUAUAUGUCUACAGAUGUCAUAUGCGUGUAUAUGUGCGCACGUACAUACAAACACACAAAAGUCUCAAUCCAAUUCGUUGCAGGAGGUCACAGAUCUGGUACUUGCCUUUAAAGAAGAAUCUGACAGAAGAAGGCAAUUCACUCGUCCAGGUGAAGGCUGUUUGGAAAGGAAGUAGAGAUGACGAGAGAACCGGACUCAGCUGUCCCUGAAUCAGAAAAAGGCCUUAAUGCCACCAGAGCUGGGAGCAGAAAGGACCUGUGGGAAGGAACUGGGCAAAAGAUGCUGAGGAACCGUGUCCCAUCUCCAGAUGUGCAGUGCCAGCAAUUCAGGCAAUUCAGCUACCAGGAGACCGAGGGGCCUCGGGAGUUUUGCAGCCAACUCCACCGUCUUUGCCACCAGUGGCUGAAACCAGAAAGGCACAGCAAGAAGGAGAUGCUGGACCUGGUGAUCCUGGAGCAGUUUCUGGCUGUCCUGCCCCUGGAGAUGGAGAGCUGGGUGAGGGAAUGCGGGCCGGAGACCAGUUCCCAGGCGGUGGCCCUGGCAGAAGGCUUCCUCCUCAGCCAGGCAGAGGCCAAAAAUCAGGACCUGCAGGCACAAGAGAAAAUCGCACAGGAACAUUCCCACGGAGCCAGUUUUCUGGGUGGUGCCGUACAUUCAUUGCCAUCUCUUUGUGGCAGAGAGAAAGCAGCUUCUACACAGCUUGAUGGGGGUCCAGUGACCUUGGAGGAGGUGUCUGUUCAUUUCACUGAGGAGGAGUGGGCUCUGCUGGAUCCGGACCAAAGAAUCCUUCACCAGAAAGUCAUGGAGGAGAAUCGUCAGAAUGUGGCAUCUCUGGAGGCUGAUGGACUUCAGAACAAGUCCAAGGGGGAGCCACGACACCAAGACUUCGAGAAAAAACAGCAGGGAAAAAUUGCUGGAACAAAAUGGAAGAGUGGGAAUGAAUCCUCUCCUCAGGGUGCUGAAUCCCAGGUGUUUGAUAGACGCCAAAGAAUUAAGACAGGGGAGAAACUUCAAAAAUGGUUGGAGUGUAGAUGGAGCUCUGGUCAGAAUUGCAUCCUUGCUGUUCAUCAACAAAUCCACAGAGGGGAGAAAUCAUAUAAAUGCUUAGAGUGUGGAAAGUGCUUUUCUCGGAGUGAUACCCUAUCUGCUCAUCAACAAAUCCUCGUUCAGGGGAAACCAUAUAAGUGCCUGCAGUGUGGAAAGAGCUUUGCUCAAAAAUCACGGCUUAAUAUUCAUCAACGUAUCCACACUGGGGAGAAACCAUAUAAAUGCCUGGAAUGUAGAAAGAACUUUGCUUGGAGUUCUCAGCUUAAAUCCCAUCAAUGUAUCAACACAGGGGGGAAACCAUAUGAAUGUCUGCAAUGUGGAAAGAGCUAUGCUUGGAAUUCACAGCUUACUAAACAUCAACGUACCCACACAGGGGAGAAACCAUAUAAAUGCUUAGAGUGUGAAAAGAGCUUUGCUUAUAGCUCAGACCUAACUACCCAUCAACGUAUCCACACAAGGGAAAAACCAUAUGAAUGCUUGGAGUGUGGAAAGAGCUUUACUCAGGGUUCACACCUUAAAUCCCAUCAACAUAUCCACACAGGAGAGAAACCAUAUAAAUGUUUGGAGUGUGGAAAGAGCUUUGCUCAGAGUUCACAGCUUAAUAUCCAUCGACAAAUCCACACAGGGGAGAAACCAUAUCAGUGCUUGGAGUGUGGAAAGAGCUUUGCUCGGAAUGCAGACCUUAAAUCCCAUCAACGUAUCCACACAGGGGAAAAACUGUAUGAAUGCUUGGAGUGUGGAAAGAACUUUGCUCAUAGUUCACAACUUAAAUCCCAUCAAAGCAUCCACACAGGGGAGAAAUCAUAUAAAUGCCUGCAGUGUGGAAAGAGCUCUGCUCAGAGUUCAUGGCUUAAUGUCCAUCAACGCAUCCACACUGGGGAGAAACCAUAUAAAUGCUUGGAGUGUGGAAAGAGUUUUACUUGGAGUUUUCAGCUUAAAUCCCAUCAACAUGUCCACACAGGGGAAAGGCCAUAUGAAUGUUUGGAGUGUGGAAAAAGCUAUGCUUGGAAUUCACAGCUUAUUAAACAUCAACGUAUUCACACAGGAGAAAAACCAUAUAAAUGCUUAGAGUGUGAGAAGAGCUUUGCUUAUAGCUCAGACCUUACUACCCAUCAACGUAUCCACACCGGGGAAAAACCAUAUGAAUGCUUGGAGUGUGGAAAGAGCUUUGCUCAGAGUUCACACCUUAAAUCCCAUCAGCGUAUCCACACAGGGAAGAAACCAUAUAAAUGCUUGCAGUGUGGAAAUUGCUUUGCUCGGCGUUCAGACCUUAAAUCCCAUGAACGAAUCCACACAGAAAAAAAACAUAUAAAUGCUUGGAGUGUGGAAAGAGCUUUUCUCUAAGUUCAGGUUAAAUUCCAUCAAUGUAUCCACAUGGGGAAACCAUAUGAAUGCUUGGAGUAUGGGAACAAUUAUUCUUGGGGGUGUUAUGUGACUUAUUUUUCCUAUCCUGAGAAGACAUCUGUUACAGACCUUUAGGAUUAAUAGAAUAUGUUGUGUAGAACUAGGU